CUGGAGAUCUUUGUUGUCUCUCCCUCUUUCUUUUUUCUUUUUCUUUUUUUUUUCUUUAUUCUAUUCUCCUUCCCUCGUUUUUUAUUUCGUAAAAAACCAUGAAGAGUCGCUCGUUUAUAUUUUUGUUCGUCUUAUUGAGUUUGAUAGCCUUGAUUUUUGCUCAAGAAGAUGAUAGCACAGAUGAGGGAGAAGAUACGACAACAAUAGACACAUCAACCCCCACCACCACUGUUGCCGGAUCUUCUCCUACAGAAGAUUCUACACCAGUAUCUAGUGCUACCCCAACCCCAACCGCAGAUACCACGAACAGUACAUUACCUUCGAUUGUUGGCUCCGAGUUACCAGCCUCAUCGGGCAACAAAACUGUCAGCCCAGCUGUCUGUAGCGCUUUACAAAAGUUAUAUAGCUCGCUCAAUGGAAACUCAUGGAUCGUUAAAACAGGUUGGGAUUCGACCGAUAUGAGCACAUGCUGUAGUUGGUUCAAUGUCCACUGUAAUGGGAUUGGACAAGUACUCAAAAUCGCGCUUGCACAUAAUAACCUUGUUGGACAACUUCCCGAUAACUUUGAUCAAUUCCCUGACCUUCAAACAAUUGAUUUGAGUUACAAUAACAUUUCUGGCCCUAUUCCUGCAUCAAUGGGAACUCUUCCUCGAUUGAAAUCACUUAAUUUCGAUGUCAAUUUACUUUCUGGCUCUCUUCCCUCGGGUUUAAGCGCUCCUGUUAACCUCACAACCAUUCAUUUUAAAAAUAAUUCAUUUACUGGAACGAUCCCUGCCUCUUGGGCUUUAAUGAAGAAUAUUCAAGCCAUCUAUCUCAGUAACAAUAAUUUGACAGGCCCAUUCCCUACUGUCGUUACUCAACUCGCUAGCGUACAAUCCCUCUACUUGGACAAUAAUGCAUUUAACGGAUUUUUACCUGCAAACUUGGGUGAUUUAUCAAAUCUAUUACAAUUAAACAUCCGGUAUAACCAUUUACUUGGUAACAUCCCGGCUUCUGUUGGAAAUAUGACGAAAUUAGAAUCAUUGAUCAUGUCGCACCAAAUGUUGAAUGGUUCUAUUCCUGAGGAAUUGUACAACCUUUUGAAUCUCCAAGUUUUGGAUUUGUCCUCGAACCGAUUGACAGGUGGUUUAUCACAUAAAUUGGGCCAGCUCGUAAAGCUGCAAAAACUCAAUUUUGGGCAUAACGGUAUCACUGGUCCGAUUCCAAAUGAGAUUGAGCAACUUACAAAACUUCAGAGUCUCAAUCUUAACUACAAUGCAUUGAAUGGACAAUUCCCCUCUACCAUGGCUCCUGCCGCUCUUGGCUAUUGUUACAUGACUCCAAAUCAAUUUCAAUCCUGUCCUGGUCCUGAAGUAGUCAACAACCCUGAAAGUCUAGCCUUCCAAUGUUCGGUAGACUGUGUUGUAAAGACAAAAACAAAGAGUGCUGCCUCUCAUCUUGAUGUUAUGACCAAAACUUUCUGGUUGUUGACGAUCGUAAUCGCUUUUAUCAUGUAGUUUUAUUUUUGCAUUAAAGCAUAUAACAUUAUCUCCUUUCUUUUCUUUAAUUUUUUACAUGUAAGCAGCUAGUUAUAUAAACAUCAUUUUUCAUAGCUUAUAAUAGAAAAAAAAAUAUUUACGUCAAUGUGCAUUCCC